AUGGGAUCUGUCGAUUCUGGCGACUAUUCCUCUUUGGCAGAUGAUUCAAAUAUCGAUCUUGCGGCAUUAGAAUCUGACUCUGAUUAUUAUUCAAGCUCCUCUCAAUCAAUUUCAGGAUCCCUUUCAUCAUCUUCUACAGACUAUGCCCUUCAAAGACGUAAUAACCCGCAGAACUUUCAACCUAUUGUUGCCCCAGAUAAUUUGGUUGCUUCUGAAACUUACAGCACACCUGACAAUUGCUCAAAACUCCCAAAAGUGAGUAGGUCAACUACAAACAAAUCAUAUUACAAUAACAGAAAAACAGCCAGCAAAAUCCCAUCGAUUAGUAAGACUUAUUCCGGAAAAUCAGUCGAAGCGUCUCAUAAGUCUAGCAAUAGCUGGGGGGAAAUGGUUGCCUCUCCUUCCAAAUUCAAUGAAACCAGCUCUCAGUCUUUCUUGAAUUCCGGUUAUAAAGUAAAUACCAACACAUCAUCUGAUUUUCAUAAUAAUAAUAGAAGUGAAACAGUUGAUAGAGAUAACUCCUACGGUGAUGACUCAUAUUCGUUUGACUAUAUGAGUAACGUCAAAUCCAAGCCUGGUGAUCAGCUCAAAACUACAUGGGCAAUGCCGAUGCAAAAUGAGAGGCAGUAUAAAGAUUUACAGAUUAUUAAUGAAGUGUCUAAAUUGCAAAAUCUUAGUUUUUUCUCAAAAGAUUAUGUGGAUAAUCUUGAGAAUUUAAAGGUGUCACAGUUGGAACUGCUAAUAGAUAUGGUCAAAUUAACAGAUAACUCGUUUAACGAAUUUUUCACUAUUUGGAAUAAUUUUGAGCCUAGACAUAAAACGAGCAAAGGAGAGAGUAGAAAUGGUAACCCAUUACUAUCAAGUUUAUCUCCUGAGAGGAGUUCAUCUAAAACUUCUUAUGAUAUAGAUUCAAAUGAAUCUGAAAAUGGUAUAGAUGGGAAAAUCAAUGAAGAAGUGAAGGAUGCCAAUGACGAAAGAAGCUCCAAUGUUGAGGAUAUAGAAAAAAAUAUCAAUGACAAUGAUGGUGCCGAAGUUGGUAUGACUUGGUUCGACAUUAACAACAGCGAAGGUUUCAAGUUAAUGGAGAAGCGAAAAGAAAACAUAUUACUAGAUUUGGAUAAGAUUAAUGAAUCCAUAGACCAAAUAGAUUCCCUUACUAAAUCGAUGUGGACGAGUAUGUAA